ACCGCAAGACAUUGUCGCCAUUCAGUUACUCGCCGCUGCUCGUGUACGAAACAACAGAAAUUCUCUCUCUGAACUCGGGUCGCACUAUCAAGCAGAACAGAAAACAACAAUAACAAAAUCUGCUCCUGCCAAAAAGAAAAACAAAAGUGCACAAAAAAUCCUUUGGAAUUUUAGUUUCGCAGUGAUUUUUUGAUUUUUUCAGUGUUAACACAUAAGCAAACAAACACACAAAAAAUAUGAGCAAAUUUGCUUGGGUAACUUUAACCACAAAUGAUACCUAUUCAUUGGGUGCCUUAGUGCUGGCCCAUUCUCUAAGAAGGGCGGGUACCGUACAUCAAUUGGCCGUUCUGGUAACACCCGGUGUUUCAGAGUCAAUGCGCGCAAAGCUUAAAGACGUGUACAAUGUUGUACAAGAGGUCAAUGUAAUGGAUUCACAAGACUCAGCUAAUUUGGCUCUGUUGUCCCGUCCAGAAUUGGGUGUGACCUUUACGAAAUUACACUGUUGGCGUUUGGUGCAGUUUGAGAAGUGUGUCUUCUUGGAUGCAGAUACAUUGAUCUUACAAAAUUGUGAUGAAUUAUUUGAGCGUGAAGAGUUCUCAGCCGCCCCCGAUGUCAGCUGGCCUGAUUGUUUCAAUUCGGGUGUUUUUGUUUACAAACCCAGCCAGGCCACAUUCGAUAAGAUCGUUGAGUUUGCAGUUAAAUAUGGUAGUUUUGAUGGUGGCGACCAAGGUCUACUCAAUCAAUACUUUGCCGAUUGGGCCACCAGUGAUAUUAGAAAACGUUUACCGUUCCUUUACAAUGUUACUGCCUAUGCCUCGUACUGCUAUUUGCCCGCCUUCAAACAGUUCAGAGAUAAGAUUAAGAUUUUGCAUUUUGCUGGUAAAAUGAAACCCUGGUUGAUCCAUUUCAAUUCACAGUCCAGAGUUGCCAGUGUGCCCAGUGAUUACAGUCAUGCCAAUGAUUUGAUACAACUCUGGUGGAAUAUCUUCUUUGAUCAUGUACAUGGUCAAUUGACUACAAAUAUGAGGUAUUACUGUCCUACUAUAAUGCCAUGGAAAAGUAACUAUGACUAUAUUAGAAUGCAACAACAACAAGAGCUUGAACAAAAACAUAGUGAAUAUCAUCACAAUGAUAAUCAUAACGAUAAUGAUAACAACAACAGCAACUAUAAUCAACAUAAAGAAUAUGUUGAUGAGUUUUAUGAAAAUCAAGAAAUAAAAUUUCAUGAUCCUUGGGAAGAUUACUAUAGAAAAUUGGAAGAGGAAGCCGAAAUGCAACGUAUCAAAGCCGAAGAGGAGGCACGAAGACAUUUUGAGUGGCAACAGCAACAAGAACAACAACAACAACACCAACAACAUCAUAUGGGAGAGUACAAUCAAAAUUAUGAAGAAACGCCGAGAGAAGAACAGUGGCAAGGUCAUCAACAACAACAGGCAGAGGAUUAUGGCAAUAGCGAAAGUCAUUAUCAGCAGCCAGAAGAUCAAAACAUCCAUACUUUUACACAAGAACAUGAACACAUUUCAGAUCACAGCCAUCAUUGGAGAGAAGAUUAUCACAGUGAAGAAGUAGAACAUCAACAUCAAUCAUACGAUCAUCAUGAUCCACCCGAACACUAUGCACAUGAAACAUAUCAGGAAUCCCAUAUUCCUAGUCCAACCUACAAUGAAGAUUGUAAGUGUAGCUCUAACAUAGAGGCUGAACAAUUGACACAUGUUUUAAGUAACUAUGACAGUUCAGAGUUAAAUCUCAGAGACCAAGAUAUCGAGAGGGCAACAGACAUUAGCCAAGAGCCAGCCAUGACAUCUCGAUUAACGGCUGAUCAGGUGACAAUUUCAGAUGAUGAAGAGACAGAGGAGGGUGAAGAGGUUGGUUUGGCUGGUGCUUUGUCACAAUUGCGUUUAGGUGAGCAACGUACUCCCGAGCAGGAAGCCUAUGAGCAUAUGAUGCGCCGUCAAUGCUGGGAGUCGGGCCAAGUCGAUUAUAUGGGCCGUGAUUCAUUUGAGAAUAUCUGGAAGAGAAUUCAACAGACCAUGGAUUCCAAGCCACAAGCACCAGCAGCAGCAGCAGCGGAAGAUGAAAAAAAGGCCUCUACUAAUUUAAUAAUUCUUAAAAAUGGAGAUCUUGUAUGGCAACCCCAUCAAACGCAAGCGCCAUCUAACGCACCCCGCCAAAGAAAAACAACUAAGCAAAGAAUUUCCCAUAGAUUCAAAUAGCAGCUAAUGAAAGUGCUGAAGCACUAUAUGUGUUGGAUGCCCAUGGUUUAUAUAAAAUAUGGACAUUUAGAACUUGAACUUCCCCAGGGCGCCGAAGUCUAAGAUGGAGAGUACAAAGCAAAAGAAUAGACAAUUUUGUUAUAACAUGUUGUGUUUUUAUAUAUAUGUAAAUAAUUUAGAUUUUAAUGAAGCAACUUAAUUAUAAUGCAAACUAACAUAAAAUGGCUUUAAAUCGCCCUGGUUGAACAGUUGACUUGAUGAAGCAAAAA